CUAACCAUAACUCACAAUAACUCAUAACUCCAAAAUCAAAAUCAAAAGAAAAAAGUGUUGAAAUGUGCGAAACCCUAAAAACCAACUACCAACUCAGCGACGAGAUCGGACGUGGGCGUUUCGGCACCAUCUACCGGUGCUUCCACCCUAGCUCCGCCGUGCCUCACGCCUGCAAAGUCAUCGACAAAUCUCUCCUCUCCGAUUCCACCGAUCGUGAGUGUCUCCAGAACGAACCGAAAUUCCUCUCUCUCCUCUCGCCUCACCCUAACAUCCUUCAAAUCUUCGACGUUUUCGAAAACGACGAGUUCUUAUCCAUCGUGUUAGAGCUUUGUCAGCCUCUCACUCUCCUCGAUCGCAUCGUUUCGAAUCCUGUCACCGAACAACAAGCGGCGUCUCUCAUCAAAAAGCUUCUUGAGGCCGUUGUUCACUGCCACCGUCUCGGUGUCGCGCACCGUGACAUCAAGCCGGAUAACAUUCUCUUUGAUUCUAACGAUAAUCUGAAAUUAGCCGAUUUCGGUUCGGCGGAAUGGUUCGGCGACGGCAGAACCAUGAGCGGUGUUGUUGGAACGCCGUAUUACGUGGCGCCGGAGGUUCUUUUGGGAAGAGAUUACACAGAGAAAGUUGAUGUGUGGAGUGUUGGUGUGAUACUGUACAUAAUGUUGAGCGGGAUUCCUCCUUUUUACGGAGAUUCCGCCACCGAAAUUUUUGAAGCGGUUAUUAGGGCGAAUCUGAGGUUUCCGUCUAGAAUCUUCCGUUCCGUUUCAUCAUCUGCCAAGGAUCUGUUGAGAAAAAUGAUUUGCAGAGAUGCUUCCAGAAGAUUUUCUGCAGAACAAGCAUUGAGACACCCUUGGAUAGUGAGUGGAGGAGAAACAACUGAUCAGAACUGAGAAAAUAGAAGUAAUAGAAAAUUUGGCUACCGGAGGCAGAGGAAACAGAGCACGUUCGUGUAGAUUCCGAUGAAGCGAUCGAGUAGUUUUUUUUUUUUUUUUGAAGAUGAGUUUAGGAAAAAAUAAAUUUAGAAGGUAGAUAGUUUUAUUAGGAAUCAAACUCUUUUUUUUCUGUUUUACAAUAAAAUAGAGUUUGAGUCUGUAGAUCUGGUUUUGUAUAAUACUACUACGGUAUCCAUGGUUUUGAAUGUUUAGUUCUUUUUUAAUAUAUUUUGAAUUUAUUUA